AUGGCUGCUUUGAAAGCUUUUUCUCUCUUCUCAUCGGCUCUCCUUAUCCUCCUCCUCCUCCUCCUCCUCCUUCCUCUCCUUUCAGCUCAUGCAACUAAUCCACCAAAUUCGCUUGACAAAACUACUUCACCCUUCGAGUUUUUCAAGGGCCUUCAGGGAUGUCACAAGGGCAAUAAGACCAAAGGCAUCCAGGGCCUCAAAAAAUACCUUGAACAAUUUGUUUAUCUAAACUAUAACCAUUCCAAAAAGCACACCCAUGCCAACGACGACGAGUUUGAUUAUCUCUUGGAAUCGGCCGUCAAAACAUACCAACUCAAUUACCAUCUGAAUGCGAGUGACACUUUGGAUGACAAAACAGUAUCAACCAUGAUGGUGCCUCGCUGCGGCGUGGCAGACAUCGUCAACGGUACAAAUUGGAUGCAUCUGGGGAAGGAGUGGCAUGAUCACAAGAGCCAUGGCUCAUUCCAUACCGUCUCUCACUAUACUUUCUUCCCGGGAAACCCAAGGUGGCCGCCAUCCAAGUACCGCCUCACCUAUGGAUUUGUGUCUGGUACCUCAACUGCAGCUAUGAACCCUAUGCACCUACAUACUCACAAAAGAAAAUAA